UUUACACACACACACACACCUUUGCACACCUGCUGAUGGAUCGUCUUCUGUCGCCUCUUUAGUUGUGUUGCCCCGGCGAUAGAGAAAGAAUCAACAAUGGACUGGGACUUGAAAUCCGUUCUCAAAUCCAAGGCGUCUGUGAAGAAAGGAAGGCGCUCGAAUGCGGAAGGAGGCUCGAAGAAGGAUGAUUCCGUCAGCUCACCAGUGACGGAGGAGAGGGACUCAAUUCUGGGCAAUGACUUUGACAUCCCAUCGAUCGACGGGCCGCCGCAGAGAGCACGCAAGAUCGGCGGUUGGGCCGAUGAGACACAAAAGAGCGGAAAGAAUAGAACUUCUAUAAACCUAAUUGAGCAGGAGAGAUUUCAACAGUCAAGUUCAACGGAUAAUGUUGAGGAUGAGAUUCCCACAAUUCCAGACUUGGAUGAUAUGCAGGACGAUAUUCUUUUGAACGACAUUGCUCCGUCUCACUCAAUCUCUGUGAAAAUGGCAGCGACUUACAAGGCCUUAAACUCAGACAUGACCAAACUGAGUAACUUGGCAUCCUUGGAGGAUGUGGAUCUCAGUCUGCUGACAAAGUGCCUCCAAAACGAGACCACCGAAGAAACGGACGAGCCCUGGUACUGGGAGGAGCUCUUCACAUCCGUCUCGGCGGAGAUCAACUCCAGCAAGUCGCCCAGCAAAGCCAUCAGUCCUUUUCUGCACUGAAACACUCACUCUCUUGUACGG